GGGACGAGGCGGAUACACGUCUGCUGGUCAUGGAAGGGACUUUUAUAAGAAGUGUUCAUCUUGGAAUUCGUUCCCAGCGCUCAGACAGUUGGAUAGCCACACGGCAGGCUUCAGUCUCCGAGAGCGAUGAGCAGUAAAAGACGCGAUUUAACCUGCAGCAGAAGCAGCUGUUCUGUUGAUAAAGCUCACUAGCACAACAGAAAUGACAGCUAUGUUGCAGAAGACGCUAAUUUAGUUUAGCCUUGGAUGUGGUCCCGCUGUCCUUUUGAGGGCAUAUGCAACACUUUGGAUAGACGUUGGUCCUGAAGUGAAGGCCUGCACUACCAUGAAGCCCGUCUUGCUGCUUCAGCUUUUCCAGCUCCGAGUGGUCUGUUCGUAUAUUAACAGCGCGUCCCCUCAACCGCCAAACAUAGUGAUGGUGAUGUCUGAUGCAUUUGACGGGAGAUUAACCUUUGCUCCAGGGAAUAAAGUUGUCCAACUACCUUUCAUUAACUACAUCAGGCAGAUGGGUGCUGUCUUUCUCAACUCGUACACCAACUCUCCUAUAUGCUGUCCUUCAAGAGCAGCCAUGUGGAGCGGUCAUUUUGUCCACUUAACUGAGGCCUGGAACAAUUAUAAAUGUCUUGCUCCCAAUGCCACAACAUGGAUGGACCAUCUAGAAAAGGCUGGGUACCACACCCACAGCAUGGGGAAGUUAGACUACACAUCUGGAAGCCACUCUGUGAGCAAUCGUGUGGAGGCUUGGACCAGAGAGGUGCUGUUUCUCCUGAGGCAGGAGGGCCGUCCAGUGACAGACUUGGUCGGUGACACUUCUACAUUGAGAGUCAUGUCCAAAGACUGGAACAACACAGACAGAGCUGUGCAGUGGAUCAGGAACAGUGCUACAGCUCUCACGCAGCCAUUUGUCCUGUACCUGGGACUGAACCUACCUCACCCCUACCGCACAGAGGCCCUGGGCCCCACUGCUGGAGGCUCCACCUUCCGCACCUCCCCCUACUGGCUCAAAAAGGUCUCUCUUGAACAAGUUUCCGUGCCAAAAUGGUUGCCAUUUUCAGAAAUGCAUCCUGUUGAUUAUUAUUCUACCUUCACCAAAAACUGCAGUGGUGACUUCUCUGAGCAGGAGAUCAAAGACAUCCGAGCCUUUUACUAUGCUAUGUGUGCUGAAACGGAUGCCAUGCUUGGUGAGGUGAUUGCUGCUCUCAGGGAUACAGGCUUGUUGAAUUCCACAGUGUUGCUGUUCACUUCUGAUCAUGGGGAUCUGGCUAUGGAGCACAGGCAGUUCUACAAGAUGUCCAUGUUUGAGGGGAGCUCCCAUGUACCUUUACUUAUGAUGGGGCCAGGGGUUAAGACUGGCCUUGAGAUCAGUUUACCGGUCUCACUUGUUGACCUGUAUCCCUCAAUGCUUGAUAUUGCAGGUGUUCAAAUACCAGAUGACCUGAGCGGUCACUCUCUCAUGCCUCUGGCCUCACAAGCUAAUGAGCCAAAUCACCCUGGCUGGAUAUUAAGUGAAUACCACGGUUGCAAUGCUAAUGCCUCAACUUAUAUGCUGAGGAUGGCUCAGUGGAAGUACAUCACCUAUUCAGAUGGCUUGAGUGUCCCGCCACAACUCUUUGACCUCUCCAAGGAUACAGCUGAGCUACACAACAUGGCCUCCCAUUACCCUGGUCUGUGUCAGCAACUGGAUAAACUCCUGCGUUCUAUAGUGGACUACCCCACAGUUUCUAAGGCUGUCCAGCGCUACAACAAGCAGCAGUUUCUAGCAUGGAAGCAGGGCCUUGGGAACAAUUACACACAGGUCAUUGCCAACCUGCGCUGGCAUAUCGACUGGCAGAAGAAUCCACAGUAUAACGAGAAAGCCAUUGAGGAUUGGCUUACAGGCCUCAGAAUGACCUAAUACUCCUGGGACCAACUAAACAAAAGAAGAACAAGAGUGAAAGCUUCCUACAAGAAAAGCGAAUGAUUUUUCUUUCUAGCACUGUCUGUGACUGCAGGUGUGAUUUUGAAAAUAGGUUUUUAUUGAUUACAAAUGCUUGGGUGUAAAUGAAGUCUGGUGCUGCUAACAGUGGGACUAAAUAAAGGGGAGUGCAUGCCAAAAAUAUUUUGUACUAUUAUAAGAUUGUGAAUUAAAUUAUUUUCUUGAAGUCA